CCGAAUUAUCUAGGGGAGCGGUGAAAGAGGAAAGCUGCAGAAUGUCGGAUUCCGAGAGUAGCGGAGAAAGCGUUACGACGUCGGGGCCGAUGGAGGAUGUGAAGCCACUGCCGCUGCUGUGUAAAAACGGGGAUGCCGACAAGCUCGAGGAAUUCCAAAAGCUCCUGCGAUCGAUGAUGGAUUCGCGAGGGGCAUCCCCCGAGGAGGACGAGCCUCAAGACGAGAUGAACAACAUACUUAAGACCCAGACGGUGGACUCGCCUGAAAUGGAUUUGGCCGGUGAUUAUCGCCUCGAGUACCUCGGCGCAGUUGUUCAAAAAUCGCUGAAACUUAAACCAGAAAAAUGGGGAAGAUUGCUAAUGUCGGAAGACUAUCGCAACGCUGUACUGGACUUCCUAGACAAUCCGAUACCAGCUGCGCUUUUCAUAGUGCUAACGCCAAAUGCGCAACUCGUACCUUCCUGUGGCUUUCCUAUUCCUUGCCAACGGACAAAAGGUAUCUAUGCGAUAAAAAUGAGAAUCGAUGCGGUGCCAAGGACGAAGGACGAGUGUGCGGCGAUGGUCGUUACGGGCGACCUCUCCAACCGCGUCGUCGACGAGCUGGCCACCAUCGUCGAUAAUAUUUUUGCGCCUCUGCUCUGCAAAGUCGAGAACCACGUGGAGCUUCCCGGCGUCGCCGUGCAGGAUAUCUCACGUCAUGUGCACAAUCUUCGGGGAACGCUAUAUCAAGUUAAGGGCCAAGUAAACGGGAGGACGGUUCUGCCGAUGCCCGCCGGCUUGGAGAGAAUCGUCCAAGUCGAGCGGCUAAUAACACUUCAAGGCCCGCAGACGGUCGAUCUCUACUUGAAAAGCGCCAUCGAGGGUGUCGUUAUUAAAUGGGCUUACCUGGUUAACGAUGUCGUAACCCACGAAUCAAGCGCGGCAUUUGAAAAUGGCCAGAAUCCUAGCCCAUACGUCGAGCUGGACUAUUGGUCGACGAGGCUCUCCAACUUGAGGUAUAUCUUUGAUCAACUUCGGGAAGAAAGAGUGCGCAAGAUGGCCGUCAUUUUGGAGAAGACAGAUAGCGCUUAUUAUCCAUGCUUCAGGACUUUGUUUGCCAAUGUCGUGUCAGCGCUGGCCGAGGCCAAGGAAAUAUCCCUGUAUUUAACGCCACUUGGAAAAUUCUUCAAGACCUUGGAGGAAGUGGAUUUUACCGAGGCAAAGCCAAUAAUGGCCACUUUGAUCCAUGCGGUUGGAUUAGUAUCAAGCAAUUCCAAUUAUUAUAGAAGCUCGUCCAAGCUCAUAAUAAUACUGCGACAAAUUUGCAAUCUGCUGAUUCAGGAGGCCCGAAAAUUCUUAGAUCCCACGCUGAUUUUCCAAAGCGAUGUGGACGAAGCACUUCAACACGUGCAGAUUUCCAAACAAGUGCUCGUGGAAUUUAAACGGCAAUUCGACAUACAGAAAAACAUGCCUGCGCUAAACAAAGAUGCGCCAUCGUGGACGUUCAAUCCAAGCGCAGUAUUUGGGCGUCUGAAUGCUUUUUUAAAGCGGCUGUCCGACAUCGAGUGGCUCUUUCACACGGUCAUCGAGUUUUCGAAAUUGGAAAAAAUUGAAAUCGGCGGUAUCACGGGCAGAUCGUUGAGCUCGCGCAUCGUUGCCGUGUACAAAGAAUUUCAACAACUAUUCACGGCCUUCUCGAGCCGUGCGACGGACGCUCUCGAACCCGAUGACGAAUCAUUCGUCAAAGAUUGCGAGAAAUUCAACGAGUCUAUUAUUGAUUUGGAUUGUAAACUCGCUGCUAUACUUUGCCAGGCAUUCGACGAUUGUGGAAAUUUGGAGAGCGCGUUUAAGCUGAUCAAUAUAGUUGGCAGCGUAUUAGAUCGUCCCGUGAUACGCAAACAAUUCACGAACCGCUAUUGUCGUAUUCUCGAUCUGCUGAGCAACGAGCUGAUGGUAGCCGAGACAUUAUUCAAUCGCGGCGCGAGCAAGGCCAUGAACGAUUUACCCCCACUCGCCAGCCAAUUGCAGUUUAUGAGGAUGCUAAAGCUGCGAAUCGAUUUGCCUAUGCAAGCUUUCCAAUCUCUGCAGCAUCCGAUCGUCGGGAGCGAGGAAGGGAAGAAUAUUCUCGCGCGUUUCGAUGAGUUAACGGGCGCCUUGGAUAAUAAGCGGAAGGCCCUUUAUCUCGACUGGGCCAAGACCGUGCCCGAUUUAGUGAAAGUCGGAUUAAAUCGAUCGCUACUCAAGAGAGAUCAACUGUCGAUUCUCGUGUUGAAUUUCGAUGCCGAACUCUUUGCCGUGUUGAAGGAAGUGAGCUACUUAAGAAAAAUGUCUUACCAACAUAUACCUGCCGAGGCCUUGGAGGUAGCCGAUGUGUCGGAGACAUUUCGGCAAUUCCGAACCCUUCUCCUCGGCGCCGUCAAUUUUUACAAUGAAAUCCGACGCACUUGUCGCAAAGUGGAAUUCAAGCUUAUCGAGGUGGAAAUUGGGCGAAUCGAUGCAUUGAUUAAGCGGGGCCAAGACGAGCUGCGAUGGGAUUCCGAGGGCCUCUUGGACUACAUAAUGGAAUUAAAAGGUUUGGUCGAGGAGUUGUCUAAGCGCGUGAAGAGUGCGCAAUCGAAUGUACAAAGUAUCGAGAAUAUAAUGGAGCCGUGGACGAGGACGCCGCUAAUUGAACGAAGGGAGCGGAGAAAAACGGCACUGCUAGCACUCGAGGAUCGUAAGGAUAAGGUGUCGAAGCGAUACGCGGAAAUUCGUGAAGCGGCCGAGCAAAUUCAAGAAUUAUUAGCGGAAAACAAACGGCUUUUCGAGAUCUCCGGGGAGAAAAAUGAAGCGUGGCUGGCCUACGUAGAUUACGUGGAUAAAAUUGUGACGGAGUCGUUGCGUAAGGCCGUAGGCUGCUCGUUAACAUACUUGACUGAAAACAUGGAGCCGAUGAAUCAGAACGAGCCGCUAAUGGAGGCUCACCUGGAACUGAGGGAGCCCGAUCUUUAUUACGUUCCCUCCUUGGAGCCCGAUGACCCCGAGGGCUUAGACCAAUUGAUAAGCAGUUUAUUGGAUGACAUUAUCGGUAUGGCGACUCUCGUGCCGAGAUUAAAGUCCGACGGGGAAGGAUACGCGGAAGAGCUGGAAAAGGACGAUGACAUACGUACGAUGAAAUGCGAAAUCUUAACGGGAAUUAACAAAGCCAUCGACGAAGCUAGCGAUUAUUGUGGGAUUUUCGAAGGUUACGCCUACCUUUGGCUAGAGGACAGAGAAAUUGCUAUGCAGCAAUUUUUAGAUUACAGCCGUCAAUUGUCCAUAGAGGAGAUGGACAUGAUCGUCGUUUUCGAUCCGAAAUCUCCGAAACGCUGUCCCCCUAAAAUGGACCAAUUUCGCGAACAGAUAGAUCAUUACGAGAGUCUUUAUAACGAGGUCGAGGAAAUGAGCACAUCAAAGAUAUUCUCCGUUUGGUUUCGCGUAAAUUUGAAGCCAUUCCGCCAAUCGCUUUUAAAUACAAUUUGCAAGUGGUCGAGCAUGUUUAAAAAGCAUUUAAUGGAGCGAGUUAUAACGAGUCUCACGGACCUCGGCACAUUCAUACGGUUGGCCGACGAAGGCCUGCUUCAGCAAAUACAACCGGGCGAUUACGCCGGGCUCGUGAGCGUAAUGGGAUUUUUGAUGCAAGUUAAGGAACGUCAGCCGAUCACCGACGAGCUGUUUCAUCCCUUGGAAGAAACCAUCGAACUCUUGAAAUUUUACGACCAGGACAUACCGGAAGAAGUGAACGUCCUUCUCCAAGAGCUUCCCGAUCAGUGGGCCAAUACGAAGAAAAUUGCGAUUACGGUAAAGCAGCAAGUCGCUCCACUUCAAGCCGGUGAGGUUGCCAGAAUACGAGGUCGAAUAUCAGCUUUCGACACGAUAAUUAUUCAAUAUCGCGAAGCAUUUAAGCGCUAUGAAUUUUUUAAGUUCGACUGCAAAAAGUCGUACGUCCACUUGGAUGAAGCUCACAAGGAAAUUUCAAUGCUCGAAAGGCAAAUGAAUGACAUACAGGAGUCGGCUUCGUUAUUCGAAGUGAUUGUUCCAGAAUUCAAGCAGCUCAAGCAAUGUAGAAAGGAAUUGAAAAUGCUUAAACAAUUAUGGGAUUAUGUGAAUAUUGUCGAGAGCUGCAUCGAAGGCUGGAAAAUAACGCCGUGGAGAAAAAUUGACGUAGAAAAUAUGGAUAUAGAGUGUAAAAAAUUUUCCAAAGAUAUACGUGCAUUGGAUAAGGAAAUGCGCACUUGGGACACUUACGUUUGCCUCGAGGCGACCGUGAAAAAUAUGUUGACAUCUCUUAGAGCCGUGGGAGAACUUCAAAAUCCUGCAAUACGCGAGCGACACUGGCUACAAUUAAUGAAAAGCACCAAGGUGCGCUUCGUAAUGGACGAGUCCACCACUUUGGCCGACUUGCUAGAAUUGAAUUUACACGAAUGCGAGGAUGAAGUGAAAAAUAUAGUAGAUAAGGCGGUUAAAGAGAUGUCGAUGGAAAAAUAUUUACGAGAAUUGAAUGUCACGUGGUCUGGAAUGGAAUUCGAUAAAGAGCCGCAUUUGCGAACGGGUGCUAUACUGCUCCGAGCAAGUGAAGAAUUGAUAGAAACCUUAGAGGAAAAUCAGGUUCAGCUUCAGAAUCUCAUAACGUCCAAGUUCAUAGCACAUUUUUUGGAGGAAGUGUCGAAUUGGCAGAAGAAACUCAGCAUUGCCGAUCAAGUAACAACAACUUGGUUCGAGGUGCAGCGAACGUGGAUGCACCUCGAGAGUAUUUUCAUGUCUUCUGACGACAUAAGGAAGCAAUUGCCGAUAGAUGCCGAGAGGUUUGAUCGAAUCGAUCAGCAAUUUAAAGAAAUGUCACAUAAAAUGGCGAAAAUUCCAAAUGUCGUGGAAGCGACGAAUAGAGUCGGCCUUGGCGGUACUUUGGAUAUUCUUCAGAAAGAGUUGGUCCUGUGUGAAAAGGCUCUGGCCGAGUAUUUGGAAACGAAACGAUUAGCCUUUCCAAGAUUCUACUUUGUAUCGUCCACCGAUUUAUUAGAUAUACUAUCUAACGGCAAUCAGCCGGGAAUCGUUGCUAAGCAUUUGAUGAAAUUAUUUGAUUCGAUGGCGCGACUGAAUUUCGACGAGGCACAGAGGGACGUUAAUCUUUCAGGAAUGUACGCAAAAGAUGGUGAGUACGUUGAAUUCGUAAAUUUCGAGAUGCAUUGCGACGGGGCGGUAGAAGUUUGGCUCAAUCGUCUACAAAUGGCAAUGCGCUCGUCAAUACGUCAUUACUUCAGUGACGCCGUUGUUACGUACGAGGAGAAGGCACGGGAGCAAUGGCUAUUCGAUUAUCCGGCUCAGGUUUCCUUGUGCGGCACACAAAUUUGGUGGACCACCGAAGUGAAUCUUGCCUUUGCGAGGCUCGAAGAGGGCUACGACAAUGCAUUAAAGGAUUACUUAAAGAAGCAAAUAACUCAAUUGAGCACCUUAAUAACGUUGCUGCUUGGUGAACUCAGCAAGCAAGACCGUCAAAAAGUCAUGACAAUAUGUACCAUCGACGUUCAUUCGCGGGAUGUCGUUUCGAGACUCGUGCAGGCCAAGGUGGAAACAUCUCAAGCUUUCCAAUGGCAAAGUCAAUUGCGACACAGAUGGGACGAUAAGGAAAAGGACUGUUUCGCUAAUAUUUGUGACGCCCAAUUUAAAUACUCUCACGAGUACUUGGGCAACACGCCAAGAUUGGUGAUUACUCCAUUGACCGAUCGAUGCUACAUAACAUUGACUCAGUCGCUUCAUCUUGUAAUGGGUGGUGGUCCCGCUGGUCCAGCUGGAACUGGCAAAACCGAAACAACGAAGGAUCUCGGACGAGCCCUCGGGAUAAUGGUUUACGUAUUUAAUUGCUCGGAACAAAUGGAUUACAAAUCUUGUGGGAAUAUUUACAAGGGGCUUGCCCAGACUGGUGCUUGGGGCUGCUUUGACGAAUUUAACAGAAUAUCCGUAGAAGUUUUGUCGGUCGUGGCCGUGCAAGUGAAAUCCGUUCAGGAUGCCAUUAAAGAUAAGAAAGCGGUUUUUAAUUUUAUGGGCGACAGCAUUGCUCUUGUCCCUUCGGUCGGCAUCUUCAUUACGAUGAAUCCCGGUUACGCGGGACGUACCGAACUCCCGGAAAAUUUAAAAGCUCUAUUUCGGCCUUGCGCCAUGGUUGUCCCGGAUUUCGAAUUAAUUUGCGAGAUUAUGUUGGUAGCGGAGGGAUUCCAAGAGGCCCGUCUACUCGCAAGAAAAUUCAUCACACUCUAUACACUUUGCAAAGAGCUAUUGUCCAAGCAGGACCAUUACGAUUGGGGACUGAGGGCUAUCAAGUCUGUUCUAGUAGUCGCUGGGAGCUUAAAGCGUGGCGAUCCCGGUAGGCCCGAGGAAGAAGUUCUAAUGCGGGCUCUCCGUGAUUUUAACAUACCCAAGGUCAUAUCCGACGAUCUGCCGGUCUUUAUGGGCCUGAUCGCCGAUCUUUUCCCUGCCCUCGAUGUCCCAAGGAAGCGGGAUGUCGAGUUUGAGAAAACGGUUAAAGUGGCGGCAACGGAUCUCCUACUUCAACCCGAAGAUGCUUUUAUUUUGAAAGUCGUGCAAUUGGAGGAGCUACUGGAGGUGCGGCACUCGGUAUUUAUCGUUGGUAGCGCCGGCUCGGGCAAGACGCAAGUUUGGAAAACGCUUUUCCGAACCUAUCAAAAUAUCAAGAGAAAGCCAAUAUUUAACGAUCUUAAUCCAAAGGCCGUGACCAACGAUGAAUUAUUCGGCAUAAUAAAUCCGGCAACUCGCGAGUGGAAAGACGGUUUGUUCUCCGUGCUAAUGAGAGAGCAGGCAAAUUACGGUGGCGACAAUCCAAAAUGGAUAAUUCUAGAUGGGGAUAUAGAUCCGAUGUGGAUCGAGUCCUUAAACACCGUUAUGGACGAUAAUAAAGUGUUGACACUUGCCAGCAACGAAAGAAUCGGACUAACACCGUCGAUGAGAUUAAUUUUUGAAAUAUCGAAUUUACGCACGGCCACGCCUGCCACGGUGUCGCGCGCCGGCAUUUUGUACAUCAAUCCUCAAGACUUGGGGUGGAAUCCUUACGUGACGAGUUGGAUCGAGACUAGAAAAGCCCCAUCGGAAAAGUCAAAUCUCGUUAUUCUCUUCGACAAAUAUAUCCCCACGUGCUUGGAGACCUUGCGCACGAGAUUCAAAAAGAUCACACCAAUUGCCGACAUGGCGCACAUUCAGAUGCUUUGUCAUCUGUUGAGUUGCCUGCUAAUCCCAGAAUUGACAGAUACUGAUUUUGCAAAGGACCAUUACGAAUUGUACUUUGUCUUCUCGGCCGUUUGGGCGUUUGGCUCGGCCAUGUUUCAAGAUCAGACGAUCGACUAUCAGGUUGAAUUCAGCAAAUGGUGGGUGAACGAAUUUAAGCAAGUAAAAUUUCCUGCCCAAGGCACAGUAUUCGACUAUUACAUUGACUCGGAGACGAAAAGCUUCGUCCCCUGGAGAGAGCGCUUAACGCGAUUCGAGCUCGAUCCCGAUAUUCCUUUGCAGGCGGUGCUAGUUCAUACGGCAGAGACGAUUCGCAUACGAUAUUUCUUGGAUUUAUUUAUGGCGGAGCAACAUCCUAUAAUGUUGGUCGGUCCAGCGGGCUCCGGUAAGAGCGUCUUAGUCGCUGAAAAACUCCUGCAGCUCUCGGAGAACUACGUUGUGACAAACGUCCCGUUCAAUUUUUAUACCACUUCGGAGAUGCUGCAAAAAAUCUUAGAGAAACCUCUGGAGAAGAAGGCUGGCAAGAAUUAUGGCCCGCCUGGGAACAAGACAAUGAUAUAUUUUAUCGAUGAUAUGAACAUGCCGGAAGUCGAUUAUUACGGGACCGUACAGCCUCAUACGCUUAUACGACAACACUUGGACUAUUCGCAUUGGUACGAUAGAACAAAAUUAACGCUCAAGGACAUUCACAAUUGUCAAUACGUGAGCUGCAUGAAUCCGACCGCGGGCUCGUUUACGAUAAAUCCACGACUUCAGAGGCAUUUUGCCGUUUUCGCCAUUAACUUUCCCAACUCGGAGUCACUUACGACGAUUUACUCGUCCAUUCUCGCCCAUCACUUGUCAAAUUUGGAGCACAGAUUUCCUCUCAGCAUUGUCGAGCUUGCUGAAAAUAUCGUACAAGCGUCAUUGCAAUUACACCAUCGGUGCACUCAAGUUUUUCUCCCCACGGCCACGAAAUUCCAUUAUAUCUUUAAUCUGCGAGAUUUGUCAAAUUGCUUUCAGGGUUUGCUGUUUAGCGGUAACGAUUGCCUCCAGGCGCCAAAGGACUUUGUUCGACUGUGGAUACACGAGUCGCAACGCGUUUACAGCGACAAGCUCACGGACGACAAAGACAUCGAGACAUUUGGCAAGAUACAGCUGGAUAUGUUAAAGAAAAAUUUCGAGGAAAUUGACGAUAUUGCAAUUUUUGAAAAGCCAAAUAUUUAUUGCCACUUUGCAAGUGGAGUUGGGGAGCCGAAAUAUAUGCCGAUUAAAGAAUGGACGACUUUACAUCGUUUAUUAACGGAAUCCCUUAUUAGUUACAAUGAUUUGGUCUCGGCCAUGAAUCUCGUACUUUUCGAAGAUGCCAUGAUGCACGUAUGCAGAAUAAAUCGGAUUUUGGAAUCUCCACGUGGAAGUGCACUCCUCGUCGGUGUAGGUGGUUCCGGAAAACAAAGUCUUUCGCGCUUAGCAGCCUUUAUAAGCUCGUUGGAAGUGUUCCAAGUCCAAUUGCGCAAAGGUUACAGUACGUUGGAUCUUAAAUUAGAGCUUGCGUCACUUUAUUCCAAGGCUGGGCUGAAAAAUUUGGGAAUAAUGUUCCUGAUGACAGACGCACAAGUGUCGAAUGAACAUUUUCUCGUAUUAAUUAAUGACAUGCUUGCUUCCGGAGAAAUUCCGGAUUUAUUCCCCGAGGACGAGGUUGAGAAUAUCAUUGCUGGCGUACGCAACGAAGUCAAAGGUGCGGGGAUUUUAGAUACUCGAGAAAAUUGUUGGAAAUUCUUCAUCGACAGAGUACGUCGUCAGCUACGAAUAGUACUAUGCUUUUCACCCGUUGGCUCAACCUUAAGAAUUCGAUCACGAAAAUUCCCCGCCAUAAUUAAUUGCACAGCUAUAAAUUGGUUCCACGAAUGGCCCCAAGAAGCUCUAAUGUCCGUAUCGAAACGCUUCUUACAGGAACUGCCGGAAUUACCAGAAAUUUACCUCGAUUCAGCGGCAAAGUUUAUGUCUCACGCGCACACAACGGUAAAUGCCGCUAGUCGUCAAUAUUUGGCUAGCGAACGUCGUUACAAUUAUACAACUCCAAAAUCGUUCUUGGAGCAAAUUAGCUUGUAUUCGAAGCUCCUGAAAAACAAGGCAAAGCAGCUUAAGGCUCGCGUGGAAAGAUUGGAAAACGGUUUGGCAAAAUUAAAGGCUACGGCCAUUCAAGUUGACGAACUCAAAGAGAAGUUAGCCGUCCAGGAAAUCGAAUUACAGCAAAAAAAUGAAGCAGCCGACGCGCUUAUAGCAAUCGUUGGCAUUGAAACGGAAAAGGUGCAGAAGGAAAAGGCACUUGCCGACGAAGAGGAGUCAAAAGUAGGUAUAAUUGCGGAAGAGGUUCUGAAAAAGCAAAAGGACUGCGAAGCCGAUUUAGUUAAGGCCGAGCCGGCUUUAUUAGCUGCUCAAGAAGCUUUGAAUACGUUAAAUAAGGCGAAUCUUACGGAAUUAAAAUCGUUCGGCUCGCCACCCGGUGCCGUGACAAAUGUCACCGCUGCUGUUAUGGUUCUACUUGCAGCGAACGGCAAAGUACCUAAAGAUCGCAGUUGGAAGGCAGCAAAAAUUGUUAUGGCAAAAGUCGAUGGCUUCUUAGAUGCGCUGAUUAAUUACGAUAAGGAAAAUAUUCAUCCGGAAGUGAUAAAAGCCAUCCAACCGUAUCUCAAGGAUUCCGAAUUCGAGCCCGAAUUCGUUAGAUCCAAGUCAGCAGCUGCGGCCGGCUUGUGCGCCUGGGUCAUAAACAUUAUUAAAUUUUACGAAGUUUUUUGCGACGUCGAGCCGAAACGUAGAGCAUUGGCUCAAGCCAAUGCCGAUUUAGCUGCUGCGCAAGAAAAAUUAAGCGUGAUAAAGCGCAAAGUUUGCUCCUUGGAGGAUCAAUUAGCCAAAUUGACAGCGGAUUUUGAACAAGCAACCACGGAAAAGAUCAAGUGUCAACGGGAAGCUGACGCGACCAAUGCAAUAAUCGCUCUAGCGAAUCGUCUAGUUGGCGGAUUAGCUUCGGAAAAUAUUCGCUGGGCGGACUCCGUAGCAAACCUCAUGCAACAGUCGUCGACGUUGCCUGGUGAUGUCUUACUAGUAACUGCUUUCAUCUCGUAUGUCGGAUGUUUCACCAAGCAGUUUCGACUGGAUCUCUUAAACAAGCAAUGGCUACCUUUUUUGCACAACGCCGAGCCCCACGUUCCUAUUACCAAUGGCCUCGAUCCACUAACAUUAUUAACGGACGAUACUCAAAUAGCGAAAUGGAACAACGAGGGCCUACCGAACGAUAGGAUGUCAACAGAGAACGCAACCAUAUUGACAAAUUCGGAUCGCUGGCCACUUAUGAUCGAUCCCCAACUUCAAGGAAUAAAAUGGAUAAAGCAAAAGUACGACGAUAAACUGCGGAUAAUUCGCUUAGGGCAGCGCGGAUACUUGGAUAUUAUUGAACAAUCUUUAUCGAUUGGCGCUACGGUCCUCGUCGAGAAUAUCGGAGAAGUCGUCGAUCCCGUGCUCGAUUCACUCCUCGGUCGUAAUUUAAUUAAAAAAGGCCGUGCCUUGAAAAUCGGCGACAAAGAGGUUGAAUAUAAUCCAGACUUUCGCUUGAUUCUACACACGAAACUGGCGAAUCCUCAUUAUAAACCUGAAAUGCAAGCUCAGACAACAUUGAUUAAUUUCACUGUGACUCGAGAUGGAUUAGAAGACCAACUUCUUGCGGAGGUGGUUAAAGCUGAGCGUCCGGACUUGGAGGAAUUAAAGGCGGAUUUAACGAGACAGCAAAACGAUUUUAAAAUUACUUUGAAUACCCUUGAAGACUCGCUCCUCUCAAAGCUGUUCUCCGCCGGCAACAACGUCCUUGGCGACACGGCUCUCGUGGAAAACCUGGAGACAACGAAGAGGACAGCCGCGGAAAUCGAGUGCAAGGUGAGGGAGGCGCGAGGUACCUCCCGAGAGAUCGACGCGGCACGGGAACUCUAUCGACCUGCGGCCGCGAGAGCCUCCCUCCUCUACUUUAUCCUAAACGACCUCAACACCAUAAAUCCCAUCUAUCAGUUCUCGCUGAAGGCCUUCAGCGUCGUAUUCCAGAAGGCGAUCCUGAGAGCAGAGCCGGCAUCGGAGGUCGGCGCCCGUGUCCUCAACCUCAUCGAGUGCAUCAGCUACUCGGUCUUCCUGUACACGUCGCGGGGCCCCUCUGAGCAGUGCGACAAGCUGAUUUUCGCCUCGCAGAUGGCCUUUCAGAUUCUCCUCGCGCGCCACGAGAUAUCCGCCGCGGAGCUCGACUUUCUCCUGCGCUUCCCCAUUACGCCCCAUGUCACGUCGCCCGUUGAUUUUCUGACGAACGCGAGCUGGGGCGGCAUACGCAGCCUGGCCUCCAGAGACGAAUUUCGGAAUUUGGACCGGGAUAUCGAGAGCUCCCCGAAGCGCUGGAAGAAAUUGGUGGAGUGCGAGUGCCCGGAGCGCGAGAAGUUUCCCCAGGAAUGGAAAAAUAAAACGGCGCUCCAGCGUCUUUGCAUGCUGAGGGCUCUGCGUCCCGACCGGAUGACAUAUGCAAUUGUCGCCUUUAUAGAGGAGAAAUUGGGGCCACGAUACGUCGAGGGACGGACCGUCGAGUUCGCAAAGUCCUUCGAGGAAACGAGCCCGACGACCCCCAUAUUUUUCAUUCUCUCCCCGGGUGUGAAUCCGUUGAAGGAUGUGGAGGCUUUGGGAAAACGCUUGGGAUUUACCUUGGACGCGCGGAAUUUUCAUAACGUGUCGCUGGGCCAGGGUCAAGAGAACGUCGCGGAAUUGGCGAUGGACGUGGCGUCGAAGAAAGGUCACUGGGUUAUUCUGCAAAACAUCCAUUUGGUCAAGAAGUGGCUGCCAUUGUUAGAGAAAAAGCUAGAAAUGGCGUCGGAGGGCUCAUCCGCGGAUUAUCGAAUUUUCAUGAGCGCCGAACCAGCGAGCACCCCGGCCGGACACAUUAUUCCACAGGGAAUUUUAGAGUCGUCGAUUAAAAUUACAAAUGAGCCGCCAACGGGGAUGCAGGCAAAUUUACAUAAAGCUUUGGACAAUUUUACCCAAGAAACUUUAGAAAUGUGCACGAAGGAGGCCGAAUUUAAGGCCAUUGUAUUUUCACUUUGCUAUUUCCACGCCGUCGUAGCCGAACGCAGAAAAUUCGGAGCUCAAGGCUGGAACAAAAUAUAUCCUUUUAAUGUCGGAGACUUGAAUAUAAGCGUAAGCGUCCUACAUAACUACUUGGAGGCAAGUUCCAAAAUUCCUUGGGAAGAUCUUAGAUAUCUUUUUGGCGAAAUAAUGUACGGGGGCCACAUAACCGAUGACUGGGAUCGUCGGCUUUGCGUUUCAUACUUGGAGGAGCUAAUGCAGCCAGAUCUCGUAGACGGGGAGCUGCAACUUGCUCCAGGUUUUGCCGCACCUCCAAAUACCGAUUUGCUUGGUUUUCACACUUACAUCGACGAAGCUUUACCACCGGAAACCCCCUACUUGUACGGCUUACAUCCCAAUGCGGAAAUAGGAUUUUUAACGACAACAUCGGAGAAUUUAUUUAGGACCGUCUUCGAAAUGCAGCCUAGAGAUGCCGGGAACUCUGGUGGUCAAGCUAUUACGAGGGAGGAUAAGGUUAAGCAAGUAUUAGACGAGAUCUUAGAGAAGCUGCCAGAAGAAUUCAACAUGGUUGAAGUCAUGAGCAAAGUUGAAGAGAGAACGCCUUACGUCAUCGUUGCUUUUCAAGAGUGCGAGAGGAUGAACUACCUUACUAGCGAGAUCAAAAGAUCGCUUCGAGAAUUGGAUCUCGGCUUGAAAGGGGAGCUGACGAUCACAUUAGAUAUGGAGAACUUGGAAACGUCGCUGUUUCUUGAUCAAGUGCCGCAGACUUGGUCUCAAAGGGCCUAUCCCUCCCUCCUCGGCUUGACGUCCUGGUUCGUCGACUUAUUGUCGAGGCUGCGCGAAUUGGAGACCUGGUCCACGGACUUUGUGCUGCCGGCCUCCGUCUGGCUCGCGGGCUUCUUCAAUCCGCAGUCCUUCCUUACGGCAAUAAUGCAAUCGACUGCGCGCCGAUGCGAACUUCCACUUGAUAAGAUGUGCUUGCAGUGCGACGUUACGAAGAAGAACAAAGAGGAGUUUACGUCGGCGCCACGCGAAGGGGCUUACGUUCAUGGAAUUUUCAUGGAAGGCGCGAGAUGGGAAGCUCAAGCAGGUAUCAUCGUAGACUCCCGUCCAAAGGAGCUUUUCCCGGCAAUGCCCGUUAUCAACGUCAGAGCUAUCACUCAGGACAAGCAGGACUUGAGAAACAUGUACGAGUGCCCGGUUUAUAAGACCCGAACCCGAGGUCCGACCUACGUCUGGACUUUCAAUUUGAAAACCAAAGACAAGCCGGCCAAAUGGACGCUCGCCGGGGUCGCCCUGCUCCUUCAGACCUAACUGAAACGAGCCCGGCCAAUUAUCGUUAAAG